AUUGAAAUUUAGAAUCAAAUAGAAACUAAUCUUUAUGUAUGUUUCAUAUGGAGAUGAAGACCGAAAGUUUCAGCGUUAUUUUGAUCUUGUUAAUGUUCGUCAUUAACACCGAUGGUUUCCUGCUACACGGCUCUGCUGGUCCUCUAACAGCCUGGCUGGGAGGAGCUGUACUACUGCCCUGCUUUGUGGACAGACCCCUGCCUUUGAAGGAACUACAGGUGGACUGGAGAAGGACUGAUUCAGACACCAUCGUGCACCUAUUCCAGGAUGGUCAGAGCAGACCUGAAUCACAGGGGGAUGCCUACAGGGACAGAGCCCACUUCUUCUCUCAGGAAAUCCCCAAAGGCAACUUCUCUCUGCUGCUUGACGGUGUGAGGACUGCAGAUGCAGGAGUGUACAAGUGUGUGGCUUAUACAGAGCAGGAGCAACAUGAAACACGGGUGGAAAUACAGGAAUUAGAGCGGCUGGUGGUGACGGGUGCAGAUGAGCCUGUCUAUGCACAUGCUGGAGAGGAUGUGACUCUCAGCUGCUCUGUGGACACCCAUGUUAAUGUGAGAGAGCUUCAGGUGGAAUGGAGAAAGACAGAUGAUGACGAUGACAUCUUGGUUCUUCUUUACUCUGGUGGAGAGAGCAGACCAGAUUCUCAACAUGAGAGAUACUCUGGAAGAGCUGAAUUCUACAUUGAGGAAAUUCCCAAAGGAAACUUCUCAGUGAAACUGAAGAAAGUCAGGACUGAAGACAAAGGAGAGUUCAUGUGUGAAGUCCACUCAGAUACUGAUUCUAACAGUACAACAGCCAGGAUAGCAGCACUGGGUUAUUCAUCCCUGCAUUGGCUGAUUCUGGGGCUCUGCAUCACUGUUACACUUGUUGUCCUAAUUAUUGGUGCUUUCUUUGUCUGGCAUUUUAUCAAGGAAAGUAAAAGCAGAGAGGCUGUGUUGAGUCACUGGUCACAUGUCACAAUUCCAUCAGUCAUGGUGUCCGCAGCCUUCAUCCUGUGGGGUGUAACUGAAGGAUCCGCAGGAGAGGCUUUUAUUUGUACUGUUAUCAGUCUGCUGAGUAUCCUGCUCUUAUUUAAUAUGGCUCCAUAUGUGGAUUCCAGAGGAAAAGUGGGUGAGAUUAAAUUCAUGACCCUGUCCUUAGGAAGCACCAUCAUUAUCACAGUUGUAUGCACAGGUUCUUUCAUUGAAUUUUCAGCAAAAUUUUCCCCAACUCAAUCUGAGAAAUCACUCUAUGGAGGCAUUUUUGGUGGAAUCACAUUUACGUUCAUCUGUAUUGCUAUAUUCCGAAUUCUUCGGUUUGUGGUUUGGGUAAAAUAUUCCUCAGUGAAACUACUUGCCUACAUAGCAGGAAUAACUGGGAUUAUACUUCUCUUCAUCAUGGUUUCAUCCAUAAUUGCUGUCAGUGUUUAUCUGGCAAAAUAUCACUCAGAUGCAGCUUGGAAAGAACAACUUGGAACAAUGUUAUCUAUGCUAAUGAUUCCAGUCCUCUUGAUUUUAUUCCCAGUUGGAUUCAGUGUGUUUUGGAUAAUACACUCCCGAAGGACAACUGGGAAAGUAGAUCUUGAAGAAAUUUGUUUAAUCUGGCUGUAUUUCAUGUAUGAUCCCACACUGUCUAACAUCCUGUUCCUCGCUAUUUACUCCCAACUCUUUGCUUGGAUGCAAAACACAUUGAUAUUGGGAUAUUCAAUUGCAGUUGCAGUAGCUGCUGUGGGAAUCUGUGCCUGCUUAUUUGUCAGGGAUUUUUUAUUGCAUUAUCUUGAUAAGCCCUUGGAGGGAUUUUACUAUCUGGCUCAGAAAAUACUUCUGGGGAUUUUCUUCAUGCUUCACCUAAUAUUAAGUUUCCUGAAUCUAAGUGUGAUUCUGGAAAAUGACAAAGGUCUACCUGUAAAGAUGUGUGAGUUUGUGUUCAUCUACAUCCUGACUGUCGUAUCAAGUUUUAAAGACUGGCUUCAGGAUGAAUCACUUGCCAAACCCCGUAAAUAUGCAUAUUUCUCAGGGGCUUUUGGUCUCCCUCUCGUGAAUUCUGUUGCCCUGGCUGUAGUAUUAAUACUCAAAGCAGACACAGGAAAACAGCCAUUGGACCUGCGGCUGAUUGUCCUGAUUUCUGGGUCUGUCUUCCUCUUUGGCUGGCUUGUUAUUCAGAUGUCUGCAUACUGUUUGGCCCAAAAAAAAAAAUUAACGAAAGUGUUCGCCCUUCUUCAGAUACACAAAGAUCUUGAGCCAGAACAGCGAUUACAUGACAGUCAUGAGAUGGAAGUCCUGUCACCCACUGAUCCCAAAGAACUGAACACAGCAGGGAUCACAUGACAUUGAGGAGACUGAAGCAUUGUCCCCCCCUGAUCCCAAUGGACCAAACACAGAGGAACAAGAACUCUGUGAUUCUCAGGGUUCCUGACAUUUAUACCACUUCGGAUCCAAGGACACUGUUACCUGAUUUUGCAGUUUACUUUAAAAGAAUAAGGAAGAUAUUUUCUUAAAAUAUGUAUGAGAGUUGAUGUAUUUCAUUUGCUGCUAUGAUUGUUGGAAUGUAAACCAUUUUUAAAUGCUUAGUCACAUUAAAUACAGUCCUGUAACCUGAUAGGUAAAUUCCAUUUCAUGGUGACUACAUUACUUAUUUGACAGAAAAGGAAUAUAAAAUGUGGCAACUAACACUUUUGCAGAAAGAGAGGAGAAGCAGUGCAUUGCUGCACCCACCACACCACAAACCACUCAGGGAUGAGAACCUGAGUGCAGCCAUGCGGCAGGUCAUACCUCAGCACCACACUAGUCCGAAUGGACCAGUGUGAGUUUUAUUUCCGGUGGCUGGAGUGCCGAUCCUGCCACCAACCCCCAAGUAAUUCCCUGUAAGUUGGAGGACCUCCUUAUAGGGCUAGAUGUGGAUUAACAUCAUACCCAGGAUGAAGUGAUUGCAGGUUAAUUACCUUGGUCAAGGGCCAGUAUUGGGAAGAUUUCUUUGGAAAUGUAAUUCGUUACAAUUACAAGUUACUCUAUUUAAAAUGUAAUAGUAGUGUAACUAUUUCAAUUACUAUAUGAAAGUAAUGUAACUAAUUACAUUCGAUUACUUUUUGAUUACUUUUCUAAAUUAUGAAUGAAUAUUCUCAUCUGUUAACCAUUAUGAAAUUUUGUAACCUAGCAGUGUUUACCUUACAGUAAACUCCUUUCAAUACAUGAAUUAACAUGAUUAUAAUUGAUCAAUUUUAAUAAAGAUACCAAACAUACCAUACAUACCAUAUAGGCCUAAUAAUGAUUUUAAACAAUGGGUAAGAAUAGAUCCCCACUUCAUACUCAGUGAAAACCCAGAUUCAAAUAUAGCUAAAAUGUCAAAAAAAAUGUUAAAACUCAGCCUACAGUUAUUAAAUUUUAAUGUGUGUUCAUACCCAGCAAACAUGCAGACAUUGGCCCCAUGUGGGCAGACUGAGGGCAACGUGGGCUAGGGCAACCCAUUUAGAUACCACAGUGGCCCCAUGUGGCAGUUGCUAGUAGGGACCCACAUAAAUAUUACAGCAGUGGCCCACAGUGGGUUAAUUGAAGGCAGCCCGAUUUCAGUCAGAAGUCAGGAGGUCCCUCAUUGGCCCAGUGUUAGAUUGGUAGUUCUGGGCCAAUGUAAUGACUGCCCUGAUUUUAGAAGCGAGCAUUAAACAAUUAUAAUUCAUUAAUUAAUUUCAGUUAAAAUAUUUGUAAUUUUUCUUAUGUUAUUUUUUAAUUUAAUAUAAUAUAGUUUUCGAAACGCGCAUAUGCCUUUAUGUAUCCCAUGCUAUAACGUUUUUUUACCUCGCGUCAUGGAGGUAGUUUUUGAGGGAAUUUGUGAGGGAGUUUUGGCAGGCAGGCGUGAAUUGUCAGAAGGUAAUUAUUUUUUUGAUGGUUUUUUUGAUGCUCCUGUUGCUGGUUAUUUGCUAGUUAUUUGCCUGUUGCUGUUGCUGGUUAUUUGCUAUUUACAUGUAUUUUAACAUAUUAUUUAUCUUACCAGUAAAAAAUUCUUGGCAGUUUAAAAUUUCCUGUCAGAAAGUUAUCAGAUUCGAUUGCUAGUUAAUGUACGUCUCAGUACACAUUGGUGUGCAGCGGUUGUUAAAUCAUUGUGUUCAGUUUGUUUUUUAAAGUAGACCUAUCAAUUUUUCCGUAUUUUCAUAGGGGUGCUAGUUUAGCCUUUCGGUUUAAGUUUUAUAAGAAGUAUUGUCUGUCUUUGACUCCUCCCGCAGAUCAAUGCAAUUUGCGGCCACUGCAAUUUCAAGUCUGUUCCAUGAGCUUAACGUUUGAAACAAAAUGGUAACUCUUUCGGCCACUGAUGGUAAAAGCGGUAUCAAUCAGCCAGUUGUGAGAGAGGCUGCGUCCCCAGAUCUGCAAGUACUGACUCUCACCAUUGCAAAAAAGCUUUUGCCUAUAAGAUAUUAUUACCACACGUUGAAUUUCCUUAGAUCAGGGUUAUUCAACUCACGGUCCUCAAGGUCCAAGCACUGCUGGUUUAUCAGCCUUCCUUUACCUGUCAGUCAGGUGUGAAGCCUCUGACCAAUCAGAAUCAGUAAUUAUAAAACAACUACCUGGGAGAACUGAAAACACGGUUUGGAUUUGGAAUCGAGGUCCAGAGUUGAAGAACCCUGCCUUAGAUUCAUUCAGAUGGUUAUUUACAGUAUAGGGCUCGCAACCGCUCAAAAGCAUUAUUAUUUAGCUUCGCACAGAAUGGCAAAUUCUAUUUAAAAAAAUGUUGCACUGUAAAGCCCUGCUUAGGUCAGUUUCCAAAUUUAAGUGCCUGUUGUGUUACAAGGUAUUGUGUAUUUAAAUUAAUAUAAUUUUAGCUGUUUUUAAUUUGAUAUUUUUGUUUAUUUGUUAAUACACAAUUAAUUUCUUUGCAUGAAUUAAUACAACAGACAUUAAACAUGCAGACUCCUGAGCUGAAGUUUGUCUUCUGGUUUGGUUUUUGAUUCUGAAACUGUUACUGAGUAACUGUACUGUACUGUAGUUACUGUUGGUGCUCUUUUUUAAAUUUCUUUGACUAAAAAUAAAAUUAAAAAAUUAUACAUAAUGCA